AUGCGCCGGGGGGCGAUCCACGGCCCAUUGGUGGCACAGUAUCUGGCCCGGGUGGCCCGGUUCAAGGAGAAACUGGCUGUGGCCAUCCAUAUGACGGCGGGGCAGCCGGCACGGGCCCCCGAGCUGCUCAGUGUGCAGUAUGUCAACACGCCGAACAACCAAUUCCGCAAUGUGUUCAUUGAGGAUGGGAUGGUGACACUGGUGACUGCAUACCACAAGGGCUUCCAUGCGAGCAACGACAGCAAGCUGAUCCACCGGUAUGUGCCACGGGCGGUCGGGGAGUUGGUGGUGUGGUAUAUGUGGCUGGCGAUGCCAUUCAUUGACCAGUUGACAGCGUGGCAGGCCGGCACUGCGCAUGGCACGGUGAAUGGCACAUCGAAUGGUAUGUCAAAUGGCACAUCGAACGGCACAUGGAAUGGUAUGUCGAAUGGCACAUCGAAUGGUAUGUCGAAUGGCACAUCGAACGGCACAUUGAAUGGCACACGAGCCGGCACGGUGAAUGGCACGGUGAAUGGUACAGUGAAUGGCAUGUCGAACGGCACAUCGAACGGCACAUUGAACAGCACAUUGAACAGCACAUGGAAUGGCACACAAGCCGGCACAUUGAAUGGCACACUGAAUGGCACGGCGAACGGCAUACUGAAUGGCACACUGAUUGGCACACAAGCCGGCACGGCGAAUGGCACACGAGCCAGCACGGUGAAUGGCACAUCAAACAGCACAUUGAACGGCACAUGGAAUGGCACACGAGCCGGCACGGUCAAUGGCACACUGAAUGGCAGGGCGAACGGCACACUGAAUGGCACAUCAAACGGCACAGCAAAUGGCAUAUCAAACGACACACUGAAUGGCACAUCGAACAGCACAUUGAAUGGCACACGAGCCGGCACGGUGAAUGGCACGGUGAAUGGUACAGUGAAUGGCAUGUCGAACGGCACAUCGAACGGCACAUUGAACAGCACAUUGAACAGCACAUGGAAUGGCACACAAGCCGGCACAUUGAAUGGCACACUGAAUGGCACGGCGAACGGCAUACUGAAUGGCACACUGAUUGGCACACAAGCCGGCACGGCGAAUGGCACACGAGCCAGCACGGUGAAUGGCACAUCAAACAGCACAUUGAACGGCACAUGGAAUGGCACACGAGCCGGCACGGUCAAUGGCACACUGAAUGGCAGGGCGAACGGCACACUGAAUGGCACAUCAAACGGCACAGCAAAUGGCAUAUCAAACGACACACUGAAUGGCACAUCGAACAGCACAUUGAACGGCACAUCGAACAGCAUGUUGAACGGCACAACAAACAGCAUACCGAUUGGCACAUUGAACGGCACAUCGAAUGGCACAUGGAAUGGCACACGAGCUGGCACAGUGAAUGGCACAUCGAACAGCACAUUGAACGGCACAUGGAAUGGCACACCAAAUGGUACGGUGAAUGGCAUGUUGAAUGGUAGACUGAACGGCACAUCAAACAGCACAUCGAACAGCACACCGAUUGGCACACCGAUUGGCACACAGGCCGGCACAUCAAACAGCACAUUGAAUGGCACAUUGAACAGCACAUUGAACGGCACAUGGAAUGGCACACAAGCCGGCACAUUGAAUGGCACACUGAAUGGCACGGCGAACGGCACACUGAAUGGCACAUUGAUUGGCACGUCGAACGGCACACCGGCAUGGCAGCCCCCCAGCCCAUAUUUAUGGGGCCCCGACCCGGGCAUGCAGCGGCCAUGGACCCCCGAGCGAUUCCGGGAGGUGUUGAAGCGGGAGACCCAGGCCCGGCUCGGCCAGGCAUUGAAUAUUCCGGCGUACCGGGACAUUGCCAUUGGCAUCAGCCGGCGGUUCCUGCGGGCAUCCAGCACAUUCACCAGUGACCGCCAGGAUGAAACGGAGCAGGCGGCGGCAUUGGAUGCUGACUGUGAGGACGGCAUGGAUGCGGACCAGUGGAUGGCGCAUAUGACGGAUUUACAGGCGGGCCAUUCAUCGCACGUGGCGGGGAUGGUAUAUGGGCGGCAGCUGAUGGAGCAGGCGGGCACAACAAGCCACCGGCGGGCAAUGUUCCGGCAGUCCAGUGUGGAUUGGCACCAGUUUCUGGGGUUCGGCUGCGGCACGGGGGUUCCAGGAGAUGUCCAUGCCGACAUUGAUGCCGGUGGGCUUCGGGCUGGCUUGGUGGAUGAAGGCAGCUGUCCAAGCCGCCGUCCCGGUCAGGAACAGGUUAGGGCUCGCUUGGUGGAUGAUCCCGGUCAGGAAUGGGUUAGGGCUUGCUUGGUGGAUGAUCCCGGUCAGGAAUGGGUUAGGGCUUGCUUGGUGAAUGAUCCCGGUCAGGAACGGGUUAGGGCUCGCUUGGUGAGUGAUCCCAGUCAGGAAGGGGUUAGGGCUCGCUUGGUGGAUGAAGGCAACCGUCCAAUUCACCAUCCCGGUCAGGAACGGGUUAGGGCUCGCUUGGUGGAUGAAGGUAGCUGUCCAAUUCACCAUCCCGGUCAGGAACGGGUUAGGGCUUGCUUGGUGAAUGAUCCCGGUCAGGAACGGGUUAGGGCUCGCCCCGUGCUUGGGAAACGCAAGCGGGCCCCAUGGCAGGUGGAGGCUGAGGAGCACCACAUGGAGCGGCGCCACCAGCUGCAGACCAUGGACAUGGCCGCUGCGCUGCAGCAGAUGACCGGUCAGGCCGGCAUGCAGUUCCAGGGCAUCCAGGCACCCGCCAUGGCGGCGAUCCAGCAGGGCAAGAGCCCCGUGGUGGCAGUCAUGCCCACCGGCGGUGGGAAAAGCAUGUUAUUCAUGUUGCCCGCGUGGGCCGUCCCCGGGGGCACCACCAUUGUGGUGGUGCCAUUGAUCUCGCUGCGGCAGGAUAUGCAGCAGCGGUGCCGGCGGCUAGGCAUCCCAUGUAUGGCAUGGGACCGGCAGCAGCCAUGUGAUGAAGCAGCCAUUGUGCUGGUCACACCGGAAUCGGCUGUCACCCCCGAUUUCCAUUCAUUCAUCAACCGGUUGGUGGUGAUGCAGCGGCUGGACCGGGUGGUGAUUGAUGAAUGCCAUGUCAUUAUGAACCAGCAGAAGAACUUCCGGUCCGCCAUGGCACAGCUUGGGAAGCUCGUUCGGGCCCGUACACAGAUGGUGUUUUUAACGGCCACAUUGCCCCCCGAGAUGGAACCGGAGUUCAGCCAGCGCAUUCACCACCCACAGGAUCAGAUCGAUAUAUAUCGGGCCCGCACGAGCCGCGGCAAUGUGGCAUAUGGGGUGUGGCGGCCACCGAUUCCACACACUGCACCACAUGGAUAUGGAUGGGAGCAGGAUGCCCGGAUUAUUCAGUUCCUGCAGGCGCAGCUCCAGUGGGCCCGGGCCCGGGGGGGGAAGAUGGUGAUAUAUGCCAACCGGGUCCACCAGGUGCAGGCGAUGGCGGCGGUAUUGGGAUGUGAGGCGUAUUUCAGUGGGCAGGUGGACCGGGGUGGGAUUUUGGGGCGGUUCAUGGGAGGGGAUUCCACAGUGCUUUGCGUGACCAGUGCAUUGGGCAUGGGGGUUGAUAUUCCGAAUAUCCGAGUGAUCAUUCAUCUUGGGACGCCCCGGACGUUAUUGGAUUAUGCACAGGAAAGUGGGCGAGCCGGGCGGGAUGGGCAGGCCAGCCAGGCGAUCAUUAUCCAGCCGGCGGGGUGGGCGGAGGAUGAGCGACAUCUGGGCACACCGGAGGUGGAGCUGGUGCAGCAAUACAUGGGGGUGGUGGCAGGUUGGGGAUGCCGGCGGGUGGUACUGGACGAUUAUCUGGAUGGGACGGUGAAUGGAUACCGGCGGCAGCAUUGCGGGGAUGACGGGGACGAGCAGGCAUGUGAUGGGUGUAAUGUGCAGUGGCGUGUAGGGCACGUGGGUGGUGAUGAGGCCGGGCAUGAGGCUGGGCAUGAGGCCGGGUGUGUGGGCUUGCACCAUGGCCCAGGGCAGGCGGUUCGGCCAGUGUUAGGGCUGGCAGAUGACCCAGACUGGCGGGCGCGCAGUGCCACGAGGCGUUCCAAUGGUCGGGGGCUCAGGCGCGGAAUGGAGUAUGAUUCCAGCAGAGCAGCGGGCUCAUGCAGCCCAAGCCGAAGCCGGAGCCAUAGCCCACGCCGGAGCCCGAGCCAUAGCCCGAGCCAUAGCCCAAGCCCGAGCCAUAGCCCGAGCCAUAGCCCAAGCCCAAGCCAUAGCCCGAGCCAUAUCCCAUGCCGGAGCCAUAGCCAUAGCCCAAGCCCAAGCCGGAGCCCAAGCCGGAGCCAUAGCCCGGGCCGGAGCCAUAGCCCAAACCGGAGCCACAGCCCGAGCCCGAGCCACAGCCCGAGCCCGAGCCACAGCCCGAGCCCAAGUCAGCACCGGCGCCACAGCCAUAGCCCAAGCCCAAGCCAUAGCCCGAGCCCGAGCCAUAGCCCGAACCAACGCCAGCACCAGCACCCGAGCCCGAGCCACCGCCAGCAGCAGCGCCAGUGGGCCGCGGCCGACAUUCAAUUCCGCCGGCAACAGUCCCAGGCAUGGCUGGAUGAGGAGUUUGGGGAGCAGGAGGCUCAGCAGUGGCGGGAUCGAUGUUAUAUCUGCGCCAUGGCCCAGGCGGAUGACCAGCACGAUUUAUAUUCAUGCCGGCAUGCACGCAGCCAGGCGGCCAAGCAGUGGAUGCUGCAGGUUCGCCGGCGGAUCCAGUACAGCCGAUUCAGCGGGUGUUUUUCCUGUGGGAUGCCGCAGACGAUAUGCGCCGGGUGGGAGCCGGGCGGCCGGUGUCAGUACCGGGGGGUUUUGAUCCCCAUGGUGGCGAUGAUGCUGCAUGGGCCAUGGGGGGUGGGCAUUCGGGGGGCAUGGCAGCGGCGACUGGUGGGAUUGCAGGUCGACGGCGCGGACAUUGGGGCGGUGAUUGGGUGGCUGGGGCAGCGCAGCCGGGCGGGCCAUAGCCAGUUGUUUGAGGAGUUUUGUUGGCUGCGGCGGGUGAGUCAGGAGGUUGAGUUGGGGUUGGAGUCGGGAGGCAGAGAGAUGGAGGAUUGGUCAGGACCAUAG